AUGAACGAUUUCGAUGGCCUUCUGGCUUCCAGAUUCGGAUCCUCAACCGCUUGUCACCCGCGCGACGGUGGUAGUUUCGACGAUCUGUUCGCCUCAACCGGAUCCAAGCCUCGUGGAGCCGAUACGCCGUUCGAUUUGAACUCCAUGUUUACGGGAUCCGACGGUGAUGUCGCAUCUAAGCAUUCUUCUCCUCUGCUGGUUUAUGACAAAUCGGUAUAUGAUGAUGAAGUUUUUGACGGUGUACCUGGUUUGAAGAGCACGGGGAAGAUUAAUCUUGAUAUCGUUUUUGCAUCUCCGAAAAUGGAAAGUGGUGCAUUUUACGAUCUUCUCGAUGGAUUUGGUAAGGAAUCGAAAGGUUCUGGUAGGAAUGGUUCUGAGAAAGAAGAUAAAGAUGGUUCCGAUUUUGAUGAUUUACUACCUGGAUUUGGAAGAAGUAGACCAUCUUCUAGUGACAGGCAUGCUCCUGAUAUUGGUUUGUCCUCAGAACCAACUGUGUGUGUAUCUAAUACGUCAUCCACUGCAACAGAGGACCCUUUCAAAGUAUUUGAAUCAACUUCACACCUUGUUUUCUAUCCUAACCCCCUUUAUUUUUAA